AAAUGAAGACAAACCAUGUCCAACUUGCAUUUAGACAGCGAAGGCAACACCGCACUCCAGCCGGGCGGGCCGGGGAACUCCUCCACACAACAAAGAGGGGCGGCCGCAGCCCGGACUCCGUCCCCGAGUUUAACUCGGUUCUGCGACCGACUGCGCAGGGAGCGGGGCACCGGAGGACCGACGCCGGGCCCGAGGGACGCGAGGCGCCGCGGCCCGGCCGGCCCGACCCGCCGGAGGGCCCCUGGCCCGGCCGGACAAGAGACCGCGCUCGCUCCCCGCGCGGACCGCCGGCCUCCCGCGCGCUCCCCGCCGCCGCCGCCGCCGGGAGCCCGCCCCGGGCGGGGAAGCCGCGGGAGGGGUGCGCGGGCUCGGCCGGGGGAAAGAGGGGAGGGGACAUGGCGCGUUACCUGGACUCCGGCGAUGGCGAGGGCGGUCCGCUCUCCCGCCGGGGCUAGUCCGCGAGGGCGCCGGGCCCGUCGCUCCCCCCGGCGGCCCGGAGCCCUCCUCGGCCCCCGCCCCGAGGCGUCCGGGCCAGGCCGCCCCUCCUCGGGCGCCGCGCCGCUGCCCGCGCGAGCCGGGCCGCCUCGAGCUCCCGGGCCGCCCCCGCCGCGGGGGCCUCUCUCGCGGGGGCGCCCGGCUCCCCUCACCCGCUCCCGUCCCCCGAGCGGCCGCGGAGCCGAGGCCAGGGCGGGAAGGGCCUCCGGACGAGAGCGGGCGGGCGCGAGCGCGGGCUCCGCCACCCGAGCCGCUCCGUUACCGCAGCGGCGACGACGACCAGGGCCGAGGUGCCGCUGCCAACUUGUCGGGAGGACACUGAGCAUGCGCGCGCGGAGACCACAUCCGGGCGCCCGCGGAGGAGAGCCAGCCCGCCCGCCCGCGGCCCGACCGAGUGGCGGCCUGGGACCCGGCCCUGCAGGGAGGCGCUGCCCCUCCGAGGUGGGCGAGGGAGGCUGCGUGGAGGGAAUGAUCGCAAGAGAAAGUGGCAUCUCUUCGCAAAAAGGAAAUACUUCUGUGGGGAGUUCCACCGAGACCCAUUAGCAAGCUCUAAAGCCAUCUGUUGCUGAGUGUGCAGGAGGCCUUACCUCGGCGGAAGUGGGACUGCAGCUCCGGGCGGCGGUGUCUCUGCCCAGGCCGGCUCCAC